AAAUAGAUAACAACAACAUCCGGUUCGCCCUUCAUCAAAAUGCUGCUUCUAAAUCGAACACCUCGUCUAUUAUUUUGUGUCUUUUCGCGACUGAGAAAUGCGAGCUACCCCGCAGCUUCAAGAAGCGCGUCCGCUUCAUCUGACCUACAAACACAAAAACACGAACACAAACAUGACCAAAUGCUCGUCAAGAUGGAAAAUCCGUACAAGGAGCCACAGAAAGGUUGCGUCCUCUGCAACGUCACCGUCGACUUCAAGAACAUUCAGCUUCUGUCUCAGUUCAUCUCACCGCACACGGGAAGGAUCUACGGCCGCCACAUCACAGGCUUGUGCGGACGCAAACAAAAAGAAAUUUCCAAAGCCAUCAAGAAGGCGCACGCUAUGGGUUUCAUGUCGGUGACACACAAACAUCCCGAGUUGAUGCGGGACCCGAACAUCUGCGGCAUCAAAAAUGUGGAAUAGCCCCGCCUCCUCCUUCCCGUCAUUGGCCAAUAAAUGUAAAAGUCCAAA